GGCCCAGAACCCCGCAGCCCUCCACGACCAGGUCAGCUACGCCACUUCCCCGCGUGUCAUCUGCUGACGUUCGCAGGUCCGCACUGCCCUUGGCACCAAGAUUAGCAAGGAGCGUGUCGGCACGGAGCUGGAGGGCAUGUUUAACGGCCCGGCCCCCGUGGAGGCCGUGCGGCUGCUGCACCGCCUGGGUCUGUUCCCCACAGUGUUCGCGCUGCCUCCCCCUCUGGACGCGCGGCUGGGCACCGGCUACGGCGGCCCGUGCGUCACCACCAUGGCCGCGGCGGACGCCAAUGCGCGGGCGCUGGGACUGGAGAUGGACAAGGAGGAGCGGCGCUUCCUGCUGCUAGCGGCGCUGCUACUGCCGCUGCGGGGUCUGCAGCACCAGCCGCCCAAGGGCAAGCCGGUGCCUGCUACUGCCGCCCUCAUCCGUGACGCGCUCAAGUGGCGCGUCAAGGACAUUGAGAUGAGCGCCGCCCUGGCUGAGGCGGCGGUGGAACUUGCGGCGGCGCACGCCGUGCUCGUCAAGGGCGCCGCGGAAGGCCAGGCGGCGGCGGCGGAUGGUGGCGCGGAGCCGGACGUCCGCAUCAUGCUGGGGCAGGUCAUACGCAAGCUCAAGCAACACUGGAAGCUGGGCGUCGCGCUUGCUCCAGUGGUGCUGACGCACGCCGCCGAGCCACUGGGCGUGGCGGGCGGCUCGGGCGCUGUGGCGGCGGCGGAGACGGCGGACGGCGAGGGCGAGCUGUCGGCGGCGGCGGAGGAGGCGCGGCUGGAGAUGGCCCGGGCGCUGCUGGCGGCUGUGGAGGCGUAUGGGCUGUCCGAGUGCUGGACGUGGAAGCCGCUCAUGGACGGCAAGAAGGUGAUGACGCUGCUGGGCUGGUCCAAGCCGGGUCCGGAGCUGGGCAAGGUGCUGGCCGCUGUGGUGGACUGGCAGCUGCAGCACCCAGCAGGCAGCCUAGCGGAGGCGGAGGCCAUGGUGCGACUGCGCUUCGGCGCGGACUGCGCGGCCGAGGUGUGAGCGCGCGCGACAGCGCGAGAGCGCGUGAGCGCGUGGGCGGGCAGCGGGUAGCGGGAUUGGGUGCAGAGGCGGUUGACACAAAUGAGAGAGCGUGGGCGGUUGUCCUUGCGAGGUUGUGGCUCGGCAUGAGCGGCGGGUUGUGUUGAACACUGCACCUGAGGGGCUUCGUGGUUGGGCAGGAGGCGGGCGACUGCGCAAUGCUGUUCCUGGCCCUACCGAUGUACCAGGAUAAUUCGGCCUAAGCCCAUGCCAUAUACGACGUUGAAGGCAACCAGAUGGCACAUUCGCAUCUUUGAUAUCCAGGUGGUGCAGCGGUCCAGGCGCUGAGGCCGGACGCCCCCAGAGCAAGGUCGCGGGCUGCUACUUGCUAUAACAGGAAGCUGGCCUGGCUCUGCACGGCUCUGUAACGCAGCCUCAGA